UCUGAGCCUGAGGUGGGGUGAAUGCUGUCUGAGGAGCUUUCUAGUCAGAAGACACAAGGGGGAAGAGACAGAGGGAGGGAGAAGGAAAAGGGAGGAGGUGACAUCUUCAGGGGUUUUCUUUGGAAGUUACCUCCGGCUUGAACGCGUGGUCGCAAUUCAGACACAGAAAGGUUGAAGAAGCGGCUCCCGGUUGGGUGGGAAGGACAUUCUGACCGCUGGGUUGUUGGUGGCUUUGCUUUGAGCUUGCUGAAACCUCGUUUUUUGACGUUUUCUUCUGGAGCUUGGCGAGCUCCCAUCAGGAUCCGAUGAUUACAGGGCAGCUGAGCAAGCCGCUGCUCUCCCUGCGCAGCGACAUGAGCGUGGCAGAACUCCGGGCGGACGACAAAGCGGCCACCCCAGACAGCGAUUUGAACGACGAGCCCCUGCUUCUGCCCUCUGAGGCCACGGACAGAGAGGGCACUCCCAGCAAGCUGUACGGAGUUCGUGACGGAUCAGUUCAGUCUGACGCCAGCAGCAGUCCGUCUGAGCAGAGUCAUCUGGGCCAGUCUCAUCCAGGAUACCCAAUGGGCCCACAGUCUCUCCUGGUGGCCCAGCAACUGGCCAACGCAGUGGGUGGCGUGAUGUCUGGGGCAGCGCCAGGCAUGAACCAGCCCAUCCUCAUCCCUUUCAACGCAGGUGGACACCUCGGCGGACAGCAGGGCCUGGUGCUUUCCCUGCCCACGGCCAACAUCCAGAGCCUGGUGGCUGCUGCCGCUGCAGGGGGAAUCAUGACGCUCCCCCUCCAGAACCUGCAAGCUACCUCAUCACUGAACUCCCAGCUCCAGCACCUGCAGCAGCUCCAGCAGAUGCAGCAGCAUCACCACCAGCAGCAGCAGCAACAACAACAGCAGCAGCAGCAGCACCAUCAUCACCAACAGACCCACUCCCACACCCAGAACCAGCUGCCAACCCAGCAUCACAUGACCCCACCCAGCCAGCAGCACACCUCUGUACCAUCUCCAGGUUCCACCUGCUCCUCCACCUCUGGACACCCGCAGCAGUCCCCGCCACACCGGCCGAACCAGUCGCCGGCUCGCAGCCUUCCCUCCCCCGUCACUCCGCCCAUACCGCUGCCGCUGAACCCCCUGGCUAGCCAGGCAGCGGUGGCAGCAGCCGCUGCCAUGGGGUCCAUUGCUGGCUCUCAGGUGUUUGGCAACACCCUCUCAAACCUGCAAGGAGCCACUGGGCAGCUUGUCACAAACGCACAAGGACAGAUAAUUGGAACAAUCCCACUGAUGCCCAACUCUGCAGGGCCCUCCAGCCAAUCAGGGGGUGGCAACCCAGCACUGCAGGUACAGCCAAUUACGCCUCAGCUUCUGACCAACGCUCAAGGCCAGAUCAUCGCCACGGUGAUCGGCAAUCAGAUCCUGCCUGUCAUCAACACCCAGGGAAUCACGCUGUCACCAAUCAAGCCCGGACAGCAGCUGCCUCAGGCUCAGCAGGGUCAGACGGGCCCUGUGUCGUCUCAAGCCAACCUGCUCCACAUGCCCCACAGACAGAGUCCUCUGCACCAGGCCUCUUCUUCCUCCUCCACCUCCUCAUCUUCCUCGGCUCUCAGCGUGGGGCAGCUGGUCAGCAACCCGCAGACUGCCCCCAGUGAGGUGGACGGGGUCAACCUGGAGGAGAUCCGCGAGUUCGCCAAAGCAUUCAAAAUCCGCCGGCUGUCUCUGGGCCUGACGCAGACCCAGGUGGGCCAGGCGCUCAGCGCGGCCGAGGGGCCGGCGUACAGCCAGUCCGCCAUCUGCAGACACACCAUCCUGAGAAGCCACUUUUUCCUACCACAGGAAGCCCAAGAGAACACUAUAGGUAGCAGUCUGACAGGCAAACUGAACCCUGGCCUUUUAUAUCCUGCCAGGUUUGAGAAGUUGGACAUCACCCCUAAAAGCGCCCAGAAGAUUAAGCCUGUUCUGGAGCGCUGGAUGGCCGAGGCUGAAGCCCGCCACCGAUCUGGCAUGCAGAACCUGACUGAGUUUAUUGGGAGCGAGCCCUCGAAAAAACGCAAGCGGCGGACCUCUUUCACCCCGCAGGCGCUGGAGAUCCUCAACAGCCACUUUGAGAAGAACACGCACCCCUCCGGACAGGAAAUGACGGAGAUAGCCGAGAAGCUGAACUAUGACAGGGAGGUGGUGCGUGUGUGGUUCUGCAACAAGAGGCAAGCCCUGAAAAACACAAUAAAGCGCUUGAAACAGCCCGAACUCGGCAUGGCCGCGCCAAUGGACCCGCUCACCGACUCUCUAGAGGAGCUCCCCAAGUGAACGAGCGAAAACGCGGCAGCCGUUAGAAACGAAGGCAAAGAAAAAUAAAGCGGGCAAGGACUGAAAAAUGUUGCCGAGUCACCGGGACCGAGGAAAACUUUGUGUUGUCAGUGUGAUCACCACAGUUCUGUAAAUGACCUCUGCGAAAACCAAAAACAUGAAAAAGAGAUUAAUAUGUGAGAAUUAUGUAAAAAACAAAAGAAGAAAAAAAAAGGAAAAGUUAAAAAUUACGGUUUGCUGUUUUAAAGAGUUUUAGAUCCAGAACAGUCUCCCUAAUUCUGGUUCAACACGAGGAGGGAUUUAGUAAAGAGAAACCAAAUCCAAACACUAUCUACCAAAGUCUGUUGCAUCUAACUGCUAAGAAUAAUUUUGUAAUGUAAAUGUGCUCUAAAUUUUUACAUUUGUACUGGCAAAAUCUAAGCUAUAUGUGUGAGUGUGAGUACACAUUUUAUCUUCUGUCUCUUACUUUUUCCUUCAUUGUUUGAAUGUAAAUAUUUAAAAAAAAGAAGAAAAAAAAUGUCUUCAGAUCGAAUCAAUGAUAAAGUUUUGGGACUAAAAAAUGAACCUUUGCUGUUGCAUUAUAAUGUUGUUUGCCUCCAGUUGUGUUUCAUCUAUAAAUAUUUUCAGCCACAGUGUAACUUUGUACAACUUUUACAGGUAUUUAUUGAUAACUGGAUGAAGGGGAGGAAGCGGAGGACUUUUAAAACAACGGUGGCGAUAAUGACGAGGGGUUUCGGUGUCGAGUCAUACUGCAGCUUUGUUUCUGUUGCCAAAGCCUGAAAGCCAAAGAACACACAAACUUCAGCUCAAGGACUGGGGGAGAUCUUUUCCUUUUUAUUUCUUUAUAAUCUCUUGGCUUUCUGCCUCCUUUUUCUAAAGUGUUUUAAUCUGUGUUGGAAAAAAAAUUCAUGUCAAACAGCCUCAACUGUGUCUUCUGUAAUUUCUCAUCUCCACAACUUGUAAAAAAAAA